AUGGAGAGGUUGCAGUCCUCCAUGCGUAAAAGGCUCUACAGUUUGCCACAGCACAUUGGACACAAAGCGUCCAUCAUGGGGGAAGGAGAAGACGGAGACAAGGACACCCGAAGGAAGAGCAUCAGGAUGAAGCCUCUGCCGUCCCCGUCGCCGACCUCUGGGGGAAGCUGCAGAGGCAUCGGGGAAACCAAAAGUGGGGAAUCGGUCAUCAUGGAGACGGACAUUGGGAGACAAUCGAAGACGAGCUCGAACGGAGAUUGCCGUCGGUUUCGUGGGAGCCUCUCCUCCAUCACAAGUCGGCAUGUGCACGACUCGGAGUCCGCGGAGGAGAGGCGACUCAUCACCGAGGCGGGGGACGUCACCCCGAGCGAGGAGAGCCCCCCCGGAGCGGUCGGUGGCGGGCCGGAGCAAGUUGCGCAAGGAGCCAUCCGAGUCUCUGCUCUCUCUCUCUGCUGCCCGUCUCAGAUCUUCCACAUGACCUACGACCUGGCCAGCGCCAUGGUGAGGAUAGUCAACCUGAUCGGGAUGAUGCUGCUGCUGUGCCACUGGGACGGCUGUCUCCAGUUCCUGGUGCCCAUGCUGCAGGACUUCCCUCCCGACUGCUGGGUGUCCAAGAACAAAAUGGUGAACGACACCUGGGGCCAGCAGUACUCGUACGCCCUGUUCAAAGCCAUGAGCCACAUGCUGUGCAUCGGCUACGGCAUGCACCCCCCGGUGGGCAUGACGGACGUGUGGCUGACCAUCCUCAGCAUGAUCGUGGGCGCCACCUGCUACGCCAUGUUCGUGGGCCACGCCACCGCGCUCAUCCAGUCCCUCGACUCGUCCCGCCGCCAGUACCAGGAGAAGUACAAGCAGGUGGAGCAGUACAUGUCCUUCCACAAGCUGCCAGCGGACAUGCGCCAGCGGAUCCACGACUACUAUGAGCACCGCUACCAGGGCAAGAUGUUCGACGAGGACAGCAUCCUGGGGGAGCUCAACGAGCCGCUGAGAGAGGAGAUCAUCAACUUCAACUGCCGCAAGCUGGUGGCGUCCAUGCCUCUGUUCGCCAACGCCGACCCCAACUUCGUGACCUCCAUGCUGACCAAGCUGCGGUUCGAGGUGUUCCAGCCGGGCGACUACAUCAUCCGGGAGGGCACCAUCGGCAAGAAGAUGUACUUCAUCCAGCACGGCGUCGUGGGCGUGCUGACCAAGGGCAACAAGGAGACCAAGCUCUCCGACGGCUCCUACUUCGGGGAGAUCUGUCUGCUGACUCGCGGGCGGCGGACGGCCAGCGUGCGGGCGGACACCUACUGCCGGCUGUACUCACUGUCGGUGGACCACUUCAACGAGGUGCUGGAGGAGUACCCCAUGAUGAGGAGGGCCUUCGAGACCGUGGCCCUGGACCGGCUGGACCGCAUCGACGCCUCAACGCAGUCGUGA